AUGCCGGCGGACAAACCUUCUAGUUAUGAGCCUAUAUGCUUGGCUUCAACUCAGUCGAGCUUCGCGCAGAUUUCAUCUUCGGAUCGGGGAUCUCCAAAAGGAAAACCCGAGGGCCUAAUCCAGGCUAGCGAAGUUAAGCGUGAGCUGGACACCAAUGACUUGAGCUGUUAUUUCAAGAGCGCUGAGUGGUCACCGGAUGGUACUACAAUACUAACAGAUUCUUCAGACCAUCGCAUGAGGACAUAUAUCGUGCCCCCCGACCUUCUCGAAGAAAGGCAGUUUCCCCACAGACUGAUUCCGUAUUCUGUUUUGCCAUCUGGAGAGCCAACAUAUGCAUCCGCGUUCUAUCCUUUAUAUUCCCUCCAGGAUCCAUCCUCCGCUCUUUUCUUGUCCUCCACCAGAGACCAUCCAAUUCGACUGGCCUCUGCACUAACUCCAACGUCACUUGCAACUUAUUCGCUCGUAAACCCGACCACUGAGGCUUUUAUAACACCACAUUGUAUUAUUUAUCCCCCUACAUUAGGUGGCACUCAGUUCCUCACCGGAUCGGAUAGUCUCAUAUGUCUUUUUGACGUGUCUCGUCCCGGCAACGAGGGCCCCAUUUCUUGGAUGCCCACAAUCCCGAGCAAGCGGAAGCAAUCGGUGGGAGGAGGCGUCGGGAUGAAAGGAAUAGUUUCUGCGAUGGCGCUGUGUCCAACUGGAGAUGGAAUCCUGGCGGCUGGUACGUUUUCGCGAAGUAUUGGUCUCUAUGAUUCGAAUGGGACGGGGCAAUCUCUGGGGACCUUCAAUGUUUCAAAAACGGAAGCAGAUCGUCAUAUUGGUGGAUGUGGGAUCACUCAACUUCUCUGGAGCUCCUGCGGGCGAUAUCUCUAUAUCGCUGAACGCAAGAGUGGCGGUGUAUUGAUAUAUGAUAUCCGGGUUACCGGUCAGCUUCUCGGGUGGCUUCAAGGGCGCGAGGCAUUUACGAACCAACGGAUGAAGAUAGACUUGGUUUCAACGGGACAGGGAACCGAAAAUGGUAUCUGGGCUGGUGGUAGGGACGGCACGAUGAGACUAUGGCAAGACCCGACGCACAAUGCUGGGCCACAGGACCCAACCUGGCAGUGGAAGGUUCAUGAUGACACGCUAAGUAGUACCGUCCUGCAUCCAAUGGGCAACAUCAUGGCGACGACUUCUGGACAGAAGGACUACAGAGAGCAUGCCGAUAACAUGAACCAAGCCCUUUCAGCUGCCAAGGACGAUAGUUCGUUGGAUAUCUGGCUCCUUCCUUGA